UAACUAUUACUUGAACUUCUUCACAGGGCAACUUGACUUGGCAAUUUUCCACACUGCCCUUCUUGGUCUCCUUGUUAUUGUCUAUAUAAGAAGCCAUUUUGAUGUUCCCUUAACACACAAUUUCACCUCAAAUAUUUUUUUGCUUUUUCUUUUACACUUAUUUCUCAUUUCCAAUUUGCUAUGGGCUUUUUAAGUUUUCCUGCAGCUACUCUUUUACUUGUUGGGCUCUUAAUCCAAAUGAUAGGAGCCCAAUCUGUUGGAGUAUGCUAUGGAAAAAUUGCAAACAAUUUACCAUCAGAGCAGGAUGUCAUAAAGCUAUACAAUGCUAAUGGGAUCAAGAAAAUGAGAAUUUACUUCCCAGAUGUAAAGGUCUUCAGUGCUCUCAAAGGAAGUAACAUUGAAAUAAUUCUUGAUGUCCCAAAUCAAGAUCUUGAAGCCCUAACCAAUCCUUCAACUGCCAAUGGUUGGGUUCAAGAUAAUAUACAAAGGCAUUUCCCAGAUGUUAAAUUUAAAUAUAUAGCUGUUGGAAAUGAAGUCGAUCCCGGUACAGAGACUGCUCAAUAUGUGCGAUUUGUUAGUCAAGCAAUGGAAAAUGUUUACAACGCAUUAUCAGCAACGGGAUUGCAAGAUCAAAUCAAGGUUUCAACUGCGACAUAUUCAGGGCUCUUGACGAAUACCUAUCCACCCAGAGAUAGUAUUUUUCGUGAAGAAUACAAAAGCUUCAUUAGUCCCAUAAUCGGAUUUCUAGCACGAAAUAACCUUCCACUCUUAGCCAAUAUUUACCCUUAUUUUGGCCAUACUGAAGACAGUAACGUUCCGCUUUCUUAUGCACUGUUCAACCAACAAGAAAAAAAUUCAGCAGGAUAUCAAAAUCUUUUUGAUGCCCUUUUGGAUUCUAUGUAUUAUGCUACAGAGAAACUCGGAGGACAAAAUAUUGAGAUUAUUGUAUCGGAAAGUGGCUGGCCUUCUAGCGGACACCCUGCUGCAACAAUAGAAAAUGCACAAACUUAUUAUUCGAAUUUGAUUAAUCAUAUAAAAGGAGGGGCUGGUACCCUAAAGAAACCUGGAAGGAUGAUAGAAACUUAUUUGUUCGCCAUGUUUGAUGAAAAUCAAAAGAUGGGAAAACCUAGUGAGCAACAUUUUGGACUUUUUAAUCCUGAUCAGAGGCCAAAGUAUCAACUCAAUUUCAAUUAAUUAUAGCAUAUCUAAUUAAUAUGUAGUGAUAUGAAUAAUAAAAGAGAAAAUGUAGGGCCUCUUGUUUUGCCUCUUGUUUUUCUUGAUAUCAAUAUGUUAUACUUUGUAAUACUCCAUUUAGCUAAAUAUCUGCGACUUGAUUCGCUUCCCUAUUAUAUUGUCGAACUUCACAAUUACUAUUAAAAUUGAUGCAAAUCAUUGGCUAUUGGA